AUGCCGCAAGUCUCUCAGCAAGCUGCGACGAGCUCAGGCUCACCUAGACCUGCGGCGGUUCAGCUUCGCGCCGCCUCGUCUGCCGUGUCCAUCGCAGCAUAUACAGCCUAUCGACCGCAGAUAUGGAACCCGGCUUGUACGCAUCUGACCAUGACGCGCAUGUAUGAGCCCAACUUCGGUUGGCUCUAUCGAUGCACGCAAGAUCGAGAGCAGAUGAUCGAGGAUGCCAUGAGGAAGGGUCACAUAGUCAGUUUCGAUCUUCUUGGCGCCUCUUUCGAGGAAAGCCCGGCACCGCCGCCUCGAGGCCCCGAGGAGAGAUCAAACCGAUUGAGCUUCUUCAAGGAAAUCACGGCAGAUGAGAUGAAGUCCUACACUCCAGACCAGAUCGCCACCAUCCUGGAGCAGCGAGAGAACUUGCAUAAUGUCCUAGGUCAAGAGCAAGAAAGGAUGGACCGGGUGAAGCGCCCUUUUUACAUGCCUUCGUCUGGCCCCAAUGGUUUGACAGAUCCACCUCCUGGCUUUGAGCACCUCGAGAACAAGAGACCUUGGGUACCUGAUGACGAGGAAGAGUGUCAAUUCAAGUGCUGCCAACAAUGCCGGCCCACUGCCGAGUCACGAAGCUACCUGAGCCUCGAUGGGAUUGUGAAAGGCGAUGUCCCUCCUACUGCCGCAGUCGGCUUCGGCUUCCACUUGCAGGGAACCCGCCCAAUCAUUGACGCAGACAUCGUCAAGAACAUUGGUUAUCGGCCCGUGCCUGUGCCCAAACCAGUCGUAGCUGAUUCCGUCGAAUCACCUUCCUCGCCAUCUUCCAUCUGGAGCAUAUUGGAAAUGAUUGACGAGCAGAUGAUCGAAAUGGUUCGCAUUGAGACUGAUACAGACGAGUCGGAAUCCACUCUGGAUUCCCAUCUUGACUUGGUCAAGAUGCGAACUCCUGUCUUCCAGGAUGAUAGCAAUGGCCAACUAAAGAGCGCCGCUAUUCGCCCGCCGUGGACGCCGCCCACUACGCCCACUGCCUGGGCCGGCGCUCAAAAAGGCGAGAAUGGAGUUAUCAACUUCGAGCAUCGCCCUUCAGUGUCUGAUGGCCGAAGCUGCGACUCCUUGAAGACUAACCCUCGUCUACGACGUGCCACAUUCGACUCCAUCAGAACGUAUGUUGACGCAACAGCACAUGGCGACCAUCCCAAUCUCCCUAACCCGUACUUCCCUUACGAACCAGCGGAUGCAAACGAUGUUGGUUUGUUCCUCCCCUUCAACAAGACGGUUUUCGCGCGUGCUUGCAUCACGCUUCUUCCUCCGCCCUCGCCGGCCGAAGAAGCCUAUCUGCAUGAGCUAGCCCCUGUGGUUGAGCAAGGGGGUCGUUUCCAUGAAGAGCCGUUGGAAGUCGGAGACAAUGGGGUUGCUGUCAUGGAGGAGAGUGUCGGACUGGGGGUUCCGGACGUGGUCGCUCAGGUUUGAGGAGGCUGACUAUAAGUAUAGAUGCACGGGGAGAGUUGGCACUUUGCAUAAAGGUAGUGGCUGCUGUAGCUACAUCGAUCCAUUCCUGGCAGCGCAUAGCGACUUUAAUGACCCGGUUAUUGGAUCACUGCGAUUGGCUCAACCCCUUGGCUCUUGCAGUAGUAAUAAGAC